CUGAGCGCCGGGGAGGCGCUGAUUGGUGGAGGCGCGCGAGGGGGCUGGAGGAGGCGGUGGAGGCGGGCGAGGGUGACAGUUGGGCAGGAUGUCGGCGAGGAGGCGCCUCGGGGAGCCUGAGCUUUUGACCAAAAGGAUCCCUCAGAAUCCUAAAUACCAGCAUGUAAAAACUCGCCUUGACACAGGUAGCAGUAUGACCAAGUACACUGAAAAACUGGAAGAGAUCAAGAGAAAUUACAGAUACAAGAAAGAUGAGCUCUUCAAGAGAGUGAAAGUUACCACUUUUGCCCAGCUGGUGAUCCAGGUUGCUUCUCAAUCUGAUGAAAACUCUGAAGUGCCACAUGAGGAGACACAAAAGCUAGACGAAGGUGAUGCUGCUCCUAUAGAAAAUAAUGUUGAAACUAAAGCAGAGACUAAUGGCAAAAUCAGCCCUGGUGAGAAACCAGCUAGUCCCAUCCUGUUCAUCAACAACACCGGUGCUGGGGAAUCAUUUCGCUCCACCUUACAGAGUGUGAUCAGUGGCGUAGGUGAGCUGGACCUGGGAAAAGACCCCCAGAAGAAAAUGGAUGCAUGUGCGAAAGAUGGGCCUUACCCUGACUGCCCCUUCCUGCUGCUGGAUGUGCGAGAGCGGGAUGCCUAUGACCAGUGUCACAUAGUGGGAGCUUACUCCUAUCCCAUUGCCACACUAUCCAGAACCAUGAAUCCCUACACAAACAACAUUUUGGAAUAUAAAAAUGCCCACGGGAAGAUCAUUAUCCUCUACGACGAUGAUGAGAGAAUGGCCAGCCAAGCAGCCACCACCAUGUGUGAAAGAGGCUUCGAAAACUUAUUUAUGCUCUCUGGAGGUCUCAGAGUUGUUGCUCAAAAGGUCCCUGAAGGUUUGGUGACAGGCUCCUUUCCUGCAUCUUGUUUGGUAGCCACCCAGUCUGGAAGUGCUCGGAAAAAAAACACCCCAAGGCAGCCCCCACCCCCACCAGCUGAGAAUAAAUGGAGAUUUACAGCUGAGGAUGUACAGAAGAUACAGUACUAUCUAGAACAGGAGAAGCUUCCAACAGACACUACCAGCCGUCUCACCCGUGGCACUUCAGCUCGAGAUGCCAAGGCCAUGGCUGUACGGAGCAGCCAGAACCUGCCCGCCCCCAACUCAACUGUGGCCCUCACCGCCCGCUCCCUCAGCAGCAGCAGCCUGCAGGGCAAGCCCUGGAGAUAGCCGGUGCCCUUUUCAAUUGAAUAAAAGAGAACCCCAUUCCUGGGGUCCUUUGAUCACUACAGUCCUUCUUUCGCUUUUAGGAAGGUGGUAUGCAGAGGACAAUGAGGAUGAGUGGGGAGGAAGUGUGGGCAAGGCUUGGCUUGCAGGAGGGGAAAUGCUAUUGGCAGGUAAUUCUGGGUAUAGGAGGGAAGUUGGUGGGAUGUAGUGGGGGGGCUAGCCUUUGUAGACAUCCCAACUGGGACUCAUGCCAGUGUUCUGCAAUACUGUUUCCUCAGAUCAUUGGGAUAUGAAGACUGGAAAGAUCAAAAAUAUACUUCUGUGCAACGGAGAAAGAAUACAAAGCUUUCUCUCACCAAUUUUUGACAACUUGAACCAUUCACUAGUUGCCUGUUUCCCCACUGUGAGCCUUUCAAAAUAUGUACAUUUGUGGAAAGCGUGAAGGGGAGAGUUUCAUUCCCUAAGAAACCAAAUAAUGAAAGAUUCAGAGUAUAAGUAGAAUUUUGCAAAUGAUAACAAGAACCAGAGUUGCUGGUCAGUCCACCAUCAAGUUUCAAUUUCUUUUCAAGAAGAUGUCUGCUUUUUUGGGGGGGUUAUGGUGGAGAGCAGCCCUUUUUCUCCGUUUUAUAGUUCACUCUUUGUGUUGUUGGGGUUUCAGGAUGGUGCCUAACAUCACUCUGGAACAGGGUAUGCCUUUCUUUCCCCAUGGGGUACUUAUGAGGCUGCCGCCAGCUAGAAAGGAGCCUGUAGUCAGGAGCAGCAGCAUGCUUGGAAGGGUGAAGAAGCUGCUUAGCCCUUUUGAUUUUUCCUAUACAAAGUCCCUCCCCCCCAGCUACCCCCUAAUCUUUAGGAGGAAGCUAUGGAGUGAGAGAGGCAAUCUGCAAAGAGUAAAUUUUGAUAGUAACAAAAAGGGAAAAGAGAUUGGAGACCUCAUCCUCACCUGCCAGCAUUAUUGAAGCUAACAGGCUUCUACAUUUCAUUUUUAGUUACUAAGAAAUGGGAAGAGAGAGAGAGAGAGAGAGAGAGAAGUUAGAAGACUUGUGUGUAUCGCCCUGUUUGCCCCUGAGAGUUUUUCCUUAUGGAUCUUAACCCUACAAAUUGGUUCCACGCCACCUCUGUCUCAGUUUUCAUUGAGAGUUGGCUGUGCAGGAAAACAUGCUAGCCUUUCCUCUGUGUUCUGCAGUGGCAUUUGAGUUCAUAGUUCCUCCCUCACUCCCCUUUAUGGUGAUGAAUCUCACUAAUGGCAGAGCAUCCCCUGUGUUUUCCAAACAGCGUUCUCUUGAGUUGCCAGUUUCAGCAUCAAGCAGAAACAGGUGUAAUUCUCUUUCGGCAAAUAAUCCUAUCUAAAUGUGCCAGUAUUGCAUGGAUUGUGGAUUUCUCCCCUGUAGAGGUCAUGGAUGAGCAGUGUAUUGCUGCCACUCUGAUCCUGCUUAGUGUUGACAGAGCUUACAGCCCACUCCUCUUAAGCCUCCUUGUAUUCUCCACACAUACCUUUUUAUAAAGACACAAUGCUGUCCCCAGGGGAUGGGCUGCCCUGCCUCUUUUCCAUGCUGUAAACCAGUUGAGGAUCUCCAUAAAUGGGGUCCCAGUAAGAAGGGGCUGUCCCCAGUACAUACAGCAUUCAAUUGUUUACAGAGUGGCAGUUCCAGUAUAGUGUUUGGCUGCUGAUGCCCACAGAAAAACCCAUAUAGAACUGAGCAUGUGCAUUCAGUCUUGAGGAAACAGCUGAGGUGAGGAGAGGAUUCUAGACUUCUGCUUAACUGACCUUUCCCCGAGAGAAAAAUCUGCAUGGCUCUUCAUCACAGUGUGCUGUUUUCCAAGUGGAAACUUUAAACAUAGAUCAUUCCACGAGAAUUUUCAAUGUUCCAUUAGAUGUUUUAGGGCCACAGUCUUCCCUGGAAUCCUUGUCCAUAAACUAUCUCUUUGUCUUAUUCUCUUCAACUGACCACAUGAUGGAAUGGAUGCGUGUGUAGACCCUUGCAUUUCCCCUCCUCACCUUUUCACAUUUCACAGUGAUUACCUGAGAGUUUCAAAUGAACUAUAUUUGAGUGUAAUGUAUUUAUUAUGAAUGACAAGACUGGCUGGUUGAUGUCUUCCGUGGGUUGAUGUGUUGCUUCCACCUAGUCUGCAAUGAUUACCUCCUCGUUUUUAAUAGUUUUUAUUUAUGUGGUCUUUCCCUCUCAAGCUAGGUUCUAGCUGUUGCAGUUUUGGUUCCCUUUGUAACACAGUCUGGUUUAUUUUAAGUGUGCAUAUUUUAGAGUAAAUUAAUAUAUUGCAAAGCAACACUAUCUAGUAGGGUCUGUGUACAGUAAAACUGUCCAGAAUCCUGGAAAUGGUUGUUCAGAAAGUGGGUUAGGCAUUUUUAAUGGAAAAGUCUUCAUUCCUUCUCAAAAAUACAAGUUCCAGGGCUCCUGUGGGGAAAUCCAGGAGAGCAAAUUCGUCUUCAACCAAUUUUGUGUUUAUAAUAUAGAUGGGCAGAUAAUGUGAUACUGUGUAUCUUUGGGUUUUUCCCCUUAAAUCUAAAUAUUUUAUUUGCAAGUGUUUCAAGAGUGUUCAGCAAGCAUACAGCAAUAUCCUUAGAACCACCAUUGCUGAAUCCACUUGUAAAUGUCAGGCACUUGAGUGUCUUUCUUUUCAGUGUGAACCUGCUUCAUGAGGCAAUGGAUUCUUCCUUUUACAUGAAAUGGCCAAGAGUAACCUCUUGUUUAUUUCAAAUAUGUAGCUCUUUGACUACAUCUUAAAGCAUCUUAGCCUGGACUACUUCCUGAGCACCAUCUUGUACAGCAGACAGACAUUCCAGCAGUUCCUCCCUUUGAAGAACAGCCUCUCUUAAUCCUUGGCAUUGAAAGAAGAACUCAAAUCUUCUUAAUGGCUUUGUGGAUUUUGUAUGUUUUGUUUGUUAGUAACUAUGUCCAAUGGUUUUGGCUGGUGCUGUCCUUUGGACCGAGGUGGGUUAAAGUGUUGUUUAUAGUUUGGCUUUUUAAAAUAAUUUCUGAACUCAAUAAAAAGAGAACCAUCUGCUGUA